ACCAGAGUCAUUUUUUCUUUCCUUGUACCUGGCAAGCCAUACCAUCUCCCUUUCUUUUCUUUACAUAAUUCUCUAAUAUUAUUUCCUUGCCUUUCCCUGUUACUGCUAGAACAUUGUCUUGUCUGUUUCUCCGAGCGAAGACCUCCUCAAAAAGAUCCCUCUCCCUCAGUUUUACAUCAAAGUAGUAAUAGUGAAACCAAAACCAGUGAAAGGCUCAUCAUUCCAUUACUAGUAUAGAGAGAGAGAGAGAGGGAGAGAGGGAGAGAGGGAGAGCUCAUUGUUUUCACUCAUGGUAAUCUGAUUAGGACAUCUAGUGUAAGGUUUGAUACUUUGGUAGGCCACCACACCACACACUGUCAAUCACUCACUCUCUUUUUAGUCAAAACACUCACUCGCGCAUACACUCACACACACUCUGAUCUGACCAGACUACCAAACAAUAAUAAAGAAACAAAAGACAAAGGGAAGGUCUUUAAUUCAAAAACUCACACAAUUUUCAUUUCAUUUUCCGCUCUUCUUUUUUUCCCACUUUUGUCUUUUCUUGCUCUCUCUUGCUUUUCUUUACCAGCAUCUGCAUUUCCCUGUCAAAGCUCUAGAUUAUUUUCAAAUCUAGGGUUUUGUUCUUGUUAUGGCGAGGUUCAGGACUAGUUGAGUUGUCCAUCCUUUUAGGCCUGUGUAACUAUCAAAAUUGUUUCUAAUUCUGCACAACAUUUGUUCACAAAAUAAGUUGUUUUCUGGUGCUGUGAUAGUGAAGUUUGUUGCUUGUUUAACAUCGUUUUCUUGCUAGCUUUAGUGGGGUUAGAUUGCUUUCUUAUCACUGGAUUUUCUUAAUUCUGUCCUUUGAAACAGAAACCUCUUUGAAACCCUUGUUUCAAAAUUCCUUUAUAUAUGUGUAAUUGAGGAUUUAGGGCUAUAAUGCGUUUCAUUUCCUUUCAUCUUUUCAUAUUUCAAGUUAAAGAUUUUAAAUUUUGUUGUUUCCCAGCAUUUGCGCUCUUUAUAGAAAAACCCUUGUAAAACCCUUAUCUUGAAACCCUCACUUGCUCUCUAGUUUAGUUUCUAUUUUGCACAAUCUUUGGUUAAAUUCAUAAUUUAGUGUUGAAGAGGGUCUAAAAAAAACUAUCUUUAACAACUAAAGAGAGAAGGUAAAGAAAAAUUAGAGAUCUUUUUGCUGGUUUGAUCUUGUGCUGUUGUGAUCUUGCUCAAUUUUGCUUAGUAAAUGCAUGGAUGGAAGAGAAACCAUGGCAUUUCCUAGUGGGUCAUCUUCAUACUAUAUUCACAGAGGAAGUGGGAUUCUUGGGUCUGGGUCUGGAUCACAACAUGAUCCAUUACAUCCCCCAACUGGGUUCAGAUCCUUGUCAAGCCCUCACCUUGCAUCUCAAUCAAAUGUCAGGCCUGGUUCAUCUGCGCCAGCAUUUUCAAUAGAGCCGCCAAAUGCUAAUUUUGGCCAUGGCAUUAACAUGGCUGCAACCUCUGAGGUGCAAGUGGGCGAGCCAGUGAAGAAGAAGCGAGGUAGGCCCCGAAAAUACGGUUUGGAUGGGCAGGUUUCACUUGGAUUGUCUUCCUUCCCAGAUAAGGCUAAGCCAUCCUCAGGGGAGGAUUCUUCCACCUCAAAACGAAAUCGAGGGCGGCCGCCUGGGAGUGGAAGGAAGCAGCAAUUGGCUACCCUUGGUGAAUGGAUGAACAGUUCAGCUGGACUAGCUUUUUCACCCCAUGUGGUCAGCAUUGGAGUUGGAGAGGAUAUUGUUUCAAAACUAUUGUCAUUUUCCCAACAGAGGCCAAGGGCUGUUUGCAUCUUGUCCGGUACUGGUACAGUUUCCUCUGUGACACUUCGUCAGCCAGCAUCUUCUGGGCCCCCUAUCACAUACGAGGGCCGUUUUGAGAUAUUAUGCUUGUCAGGCUCAUACUUGAUUGCUGAAGAUGGUGGCCCUCGCAAUCGAACUGGUGGUAUAAGUGCUUCUUUUUCCAGUCCUGAUGGCCAUGUCAUUGGUGGUGCAAUUGCAAUGCUUAUUGCAGCUAGCCCAGUUCAGGUGGUUGUCUGUACUUUCCUAUAUGGUGGUUCUAAGAAGGAUAAACAAGUAGGCCGUCCCAAAAACAAAAAAGACUCUGCAUCUCAGCUCGAUGAUAAUUCUGCUAACCUGAAAUCAGCCACCCCUACCAGCACUCCUCAAAGUUUCACUCCCUCUCUGAUAAGUGUUUGGCCUGGUCCGCGACCAGCUGAUAUCAGAAACCCCCACACUGAUAUUGACUUGACAAGAGGAUGACUGUUUGCUGCAAUAGACACGUGACAAUUUUGUACAUAUCUGUUGUUCUAAAUGUAUCCAAUCCUGCGAUAAUUAUGAAAUCGGUUCUCCCAAGUAAAGGGCAAUGUGCUUGUGCUGACGUAGUUUGUACAAGUAGCCACCAUUUAAAAUUUUCAAGUGACAGUGUAAACUUGUCAAAAUUUCCUGGUAAAAACAUUAAUCUGUAGCAGAAAGUAGCGUAAAUCGCUGUUUCAAGCAAAUGAUGGCUGCUAUUCUUUGGAA